AUGUUUUUUGUAGGAGGACAUUUUGGGAACUUUAAUCUUCCAAAAAUGAGUCGGCCGAUGGAGGAAGAGGGUGCCAAAAAUGAGGAAGAAGAAUUCAACACUGGACCGCUCUCAGUUUUGAUGAUGAGCGUGAAAAAUAACACUCAGGUUCUCAUUAAUUGUCGUAACAACAGAAAGCUGCUCGGUCGAGUGAGAGCCUUUGAUAGGCACUGUAACAUGGUUCUGGAGAAUGUGAGGGAGAUGUGGACUGAGGUGCCAAAGACUGGGAAAGGCAAGAAGAAGGCACUUCCGGUUAACAAGGACAGAUUCAUAAGCAAGAUGUUCCUGCGAGGAGAUUCUGUCAUCAUUGUGCUGCGAAAUCCCAAGUGAGGUGGUACCCUUUGUUGAUUGACAGUGAACUUAGAUCGUGCAAAUGUAUGGAUUCUUAAUGUACAUUUAGCUUAAUAUAACCUCACCAGAGCACCAAUCCCUACUUGACUUUCUGCACUUGGGCUGUAAUGAGCUUUAGUACUUGUGAAGAAUUUGUGUGGCUAUGAGUAACUUAUUCUGGUAAAACCUUGGCUGAGGGUUACAUUGAAUGCUAGAUUGAAUGCUU